AUGGAACCACCUAGUUCUGGACAACCAGCAGCAGUGGAGAAAGAAAAUGUUUUGAAGAGGAAGUCAGAUGAUGUUGGAUGGGAUUAUGGGUUUCUGGUUGAUCCUACCAACAUGAACAAGGUGAAAUGCAAACUUUGUGGCCAUGAGAGCUCGGGAGGGAUUUAUCGUCUCAAGCAACAUAUAGCUCAUGUUGGAACUACUGUGGCCAAAUGUAAGGACAGCAAACCAGAAGAUAAAGAGAAGUGCAAGAAAUCACUUGAUGGGGCAGCAAGGAAGAAGAGGGAAAAGAUUGUCCGUGAGCUAAGUCUCAGAGAAGAUGUGAAUGUUUCUCGUGUUGAAGGAGGUACAGAGGAAGAAGUUACUUGUAUUGGAAGCUCAGAGCCCCACAAGCUAGGGCCUAUUGAUAAGUGGACAAGGCCAAUUGAUCCUAAAUCAACACAAGCUGAAGCCUUGAAGCAACAAAAGUUAAACAAGGAACUUUGGAAGCAGAGAACACAUGAGGUGCAGCGGUAUGUUGCAAGAUGGAUGUAUGCACAUGGAAUACCAUUUAAUUCUAUUGACAAUGAUGAGUUUUUACAAAUGUGUGAAGCCAUUGGUCAGUUUGGUGUUGGAUUUGAACCUCCUUCUCAAGACCAAUUAAGGGGUGGUUUGUUGGCUGAGGAAUAUGCAAGGACCAAGAGUUUGCUGUUGGAGCGUGAUGCUGAAAAGAUAAAGAAUGGGUGCUCUGUCCUGACUGAUGCUUGGUCAGAUAAGAAGAGGAGAAGCAUAAUGAACUUGUGCACAAACUGUGCUGAUGGAACAAGCUUCAGGGAAAUGAGGCGGCGAUGCACAGAUCGAAAGGCGGAGGCGGCGUGCGGAGGCGGCGAAGCAGGCGUCUUCAGGGUCACGGAGGCUGAUUCGUCUAACGACGACGGAGAGGUCGGCCAUGGGCUGACGGGGACUGACGGAUGGCUGAACGAAAUUUCAUGGGACUGUAUUGUGCGACUUUGGGUGUGGGGAGCAGCAGUUCAUGGAAAGAUAGAUCGAAGUAAGAUAGAUCGAAGUGGUGACACGAAGACCGAACAGAGUAGUUCCACCGCCAGCAGCCACGGCCAGAGCUCCCUUCCCGUCGCACUCCUCAAGCCCCGUCUACUCCACCACUCGAGUACUGCUAUGCAGCCGUUUGCAGCCAAAACCAUCCGAAUAGAAGAAAUUGACAUCAUCGAACUUUGGCAUGGCCAAAAUUUUGGAGGGAACGAGACAGAAGCCAACACAAGACGAGUUGUAGGAACAUAUGACUAUAUGUCACCAGAAUAUGCAGUCGAUGGCAUGUUCUCACUAAAAUCAGACGUAUACAGCUUCGAUGUUUUAGUGCUAAAAAUCGUGAGUAGCCAGAAAAACAGAGGCUUUCAUCACAAGGAUCAUCAUCACAACCUUGUAGGGCAUGUAAGUUUCAAUGAAGCCUCUGGAGAAAUACGAUGCCUCGCCAGAGGUUCCAAUUAUGGGUUUUUGAAUCUUUUCGGUUUGGGGUUUCCGGUGGCAGAGUCUGCAGAGGAGCCGCCAUGCUCACUAUGCCUCAGGAAGUACGAGACCAUGGCGAUGUUGAGGCCUGACAUGUCUGAGGAUGAGCUGCUUGCCUUCAGCAGAAGUCGAUCCGAUGGCCAAUGGCAAUUUACCAUGUUGAAUCAUCAAGUUUCCAAGCUCAUACCGACCGUGUAUCUUGCCCGGGACCAGUUCCUCGAUAGAAGACAGUAUGUCCUACGUCCAAUUGAUGACUAUGCCGGUGUGGCCGAGUGCUUCAACUUGCAAGGUGUGAGCGUGAGAGGCUAG